UUAGUUAUUCAAAGUUCUCAUGAUAGUUUUCCUUUUUGGGUUUCUCUCUUUUUUCUUUUUCUUCUGGGAUCAUUGAUUGUGAAAAUUUAUACUCAUUCUUUUUUUGCUUUGGACUAGUAACCGUGAUUCUCUCGUGUGAAGUCUGUUUCAAUCUUUUUAAAAUUCACAGUAUUUGCAAUUGUAGGAUCUUCAUGGAUUUUUCAGUUUCCUCUGUUUUUCUAAUUCUUUAUAAUCCCACGAGGUACGUGCUAACUCCUGCCAUCAUAGUCACUGCCUCACUGGGUAACUCUGUCUAGAGACUGAAUCAGAAUUUGAAGUUUAUGAAUUCUGAACGGUCAGUGAAUCUAUAGCUCAACUUAGUUAUUAGGUUCGCAGUUAAAUAUUUAUACAUGUUUGGCCAUGAGAAUUUUUUCGAAAAAUUAUUUUACUUUAUUUGAAAAUCAACGUUUGGCCAUAAAAAUUUCUAAUACAACUUCAAGUUGUAUUUAGAAUUUGAAAAAUAUCUAAAACUUUAUUUUUACUUUUUUUUCACUUUCAUUACAUCCAAACAACCAAAUAUUCUUUGCAAAAACUAUAAAAAAACACAACUCUAUCUUCAACUCCAACUUUAAAAUUCCAAAUAAAGUGAAAAAUCUUUGGUUUUCAUGGCCAAACGCCUACUUAAUGGAUUUUCUAAUACAAAUACAGUCUAAGCAAAAGUUACUAGGUUUAUCCGAUCCCAUAAGUAAUAAUCUACCUAUGCCCCUGACUCUCUCCACCACGACUCCAUCCGUUAGAAAAAACCCCUUUAGUAUUUUUAUCUUUGUUGGGAUUAUAUCUCUUGUAAUUUAUUAUUGCUGUAAUGAAACACAUUUGCCUAGCUUUGUCUGCUGAGUUAUUAUUGCCUGGUUUGUUUUACUAGAUCAAUUUAUAAAGUAGCUCUAGAUCAGUUUACAUCUUAAUAUAUUUCCAUAUGUGAAUAGUAUGACUUGCAAACAUUGGCGGAGCUAGGAUUUUCAAUAAGCGUAUUCAAAAUAUAUAGAAGUAAACACACGAAGGUGAUUCAACAUCUUCUAUAUAAAUAUAAGAACUAUUAUUGAUCAUAUAUGUACGGUGUAAUUUUCAGACGAACCCCCUUGAGCCCCCCUAACUCUGCUUGUAAGUAUAACCAGUUUCUUCAUAUUGCUUCUUUUCUGUUUCUGUAUGACUUUUGUUAGAUAUGUGGAGAACUCUCAAGAAUAUAAGCAGUUGGCGUUGAAUUGUAUUUAUUUGCUUUUCUUCACGAGUGUGACACUAUUUACUGCCUUCUACUUUGUGUAUGACCUUUUCUCUAGAAAUGUGAACAGAACUCUCAAGAAUAUAAGCAGCUUUCCAGUAAAUUUAUUUCAAACCUUAGGUGUGUGAAACUAUUAAUUUGCAAUAGAUCACAAUACGUUCUUCAUUUCAUGAUCAUGGUUGCAGUUAGCCAGAGGCGGAUCCAGAAUUAUUAGUUUAUGGAUUUUGGACCACAAUCCCUUUUUCAAAUGAUAAACUUCUACGUUCAUUCUUAUUGUAUACGUAGGGCGUGGAGGAGGUUUAAGGACCUCAUUCCACUAGAUCUUAUUUGGUAAAUUGUUUAUGCAGAGCUGUCUCUCCACAGUUAUUGCAAUUUGCACAUUUGGGUGAAUGGUAAGAUUGUCGGAUCUCAUCGAUCUUAAUGAAGGAGGGACGACGAGGAAGUUUCUUUCAUAUAACGGACAUGGGGCCCUGGAGGCUCCUCGAAAUAGAUCGGAGCAGCCAGCAGAGGCUUCCUGUAGCUUCUGCGUUGGAGGGGACGAUACCCCGUGCACUUAUCUCAUGACAAAUGACCGGCCAGAGAAGAAAUGUUAUGUGAAUGAGGCUCCAAUGAAGAAACUGAUCAGUGAAGAAUUAGCUAAAAGAUCAAACACAGGACACAAUGCUCCUAGUGUAGUGGCCCGUCUGAUGGGCCUAGAUACGUUAUCCGUUGAUACAAAACCAUCAGCAAAGAAAAAAAAUGAGAUGAAAGAAAGCAAUCUGCCCCCCAAAGAGGAACGGUUGAGAAAAGUUUCCUCGAGACAAAAAGUUUUCGAUUUCUUUGACCACAACGAAUCCUGUAACAUUGACAGAUGGAAUAAUGGCCUGAAGUUCGACAAACCUAAACCCCGAGAACAUCCACAGGAAGAAGAACUACAAAAGUUUAAGAAAGAGUUUGAAGCAUACCAAGCAGCAAGGUUCAAGGAAUGCUCAAAGUUUGUUGAACUUGGCACCAAUACUGAUCAAUGGCUGGCACAACGACGCCUGAACAAAGAAAAAUGGUUCUUUAUGCGAACUCAACGACCGAGCGAUCCCCAGCUUAAAGCACAUGCUGCAACAGAAAAUCCACAAGAAAGAGCUGCACAAUAUAAGACUAAUCGUGCGAGGAACAUUAAGUCGGGUUCUGCUCAGAGACUUGAUUUUGCUUCAGCUCGUACAAAGAUAGUAAUUUUGAAGCCUGUUACAAGGAAUAACGAAGAAUCAUGGGCCAGUUCCCCUGGCAUAUCCGAAGACGGUAGUAGCAUAGAAGAAUUUCUUCAGGAGGUUAAGGAAAGACUAAAAUUUGAAUUGCAAGAAAAGAGUUUCAAAAGGAGCAUUAUGGUCACUGAGACCUCUUAUAGUGAAAAAACAUCAGAUGCAAAGAAAAUAGCUCAAUGUAUCGCGAAAAAGGCGAGAGAGAGUGUCACUAGGGACAUGGCAACGACUCUAUCCCGAUCAGAAUCAAUGCGGUGUUAUAGAAGUGAAAUUCAACAUGAUGGGACUAGUUCUCCUGAGUUUGCCAAUAGAGAUACAAGGAGAUUUUUGAGGGAAAAGAGCAAAGCUGAAGAAAUCAGAUAUACCUCUAAUAAAGUGAGCCAUGUGGACGAGAUGAAUGACGAGUCAGACAUGCAAAGCAGAUAUUUCAGACAGGAGUUGGGUAAUGAUGUUAUGCUAGACCAGAAACUAUUUCAUAGGAACCUGGUUAGAUCUUUGUCAGCUCCCGUGUCACGGUCAUCAUUUGGAAAGCUUCUCCUAGAGGAUCGAUACAUGUUGACGGGGGCACAUAUUAGGAGAAAACAUGAAGCUAUCGAGAAGGUCAAGGUGAACGUCAAAAAAUGGCGAAAAGAGAAAUUCAACCUUAAGGAAAAAGUCUCCAGCUUCAAAUAUAGUUUUGUACUUAGAGGAAGGCUCUUUCGUAGAAAAAUUCGAACUUCGGAGGAAUCAAAUGGAGACAAACAAAUCCACAAGAAAGAUCCUCUAAACACACCAACUGUUGCAUCGAAAUGUUAUGAGAGACAAGAGAAUUCCACUGAGGUGCCACCAAGCCCUGCAUCUGUAUGUAGCACCACCAAUGAAGAAUUUUGGAGGCAAACAAAUUAUUUCAGCCCAUCAUCAUCAACCUCAGAUGUACAUCCACUGGAUGACGGUGAGAUACCUCAUGUUUUCAAAGAGAUCAGCUCUAAUCUGAACGAGCUAAGGAGGAAGUUGAAUAAGCUAGAAACUUAUGACUCUGAUGAGGAGACAACGAUCAAUGAACAGCCUAUUGAAGAAGAGAUAACGGAGACUGAUGAUCCAGCUGAAGCUUUCGUUAGAGAUCUGCUUGUUGCUUCUGGUUUAUACGAUGGUUCAUGCGAUAAGUAUCUGUCGAAAUGGGAUCCACUAGGAAAGCCCGUUAGCAACAAAGUUUUUGAAGAAGUCGAAGAAUCAUACAGACAAAAGAUAUACGAUGAAGAAGGGUCAAGUACUGAUCAAUUACAGAAGUUAAAUCACAAGUUAUUGUGUGAUUUCUUAAAUGAAGUACUUCCAGGUGUACUCGGAAGCACUUCUAUGAAAAGGAGUAUUGGUCCUACUGCACGAGCUCCGCGAGGAAAGAAGUUAUUGGAUUGUGUAUGGGAAAUUGCCCGAGUUUAUGUUUACCCUCCGUUAGAUAUGUCAUCACGAUCCCUUGAAACUAUACUAGCCCGAGACUUGCAAUGUACACGUUGGGAUGGAUUAAUUGAUGAAGAUGUUAAUGCUCUGGGAAAAGAUGUUGAAUACCAGAUUAUUGGUGAUCUUAUUCAUGAAAUGAUCAAUGAUAUGGAAUCAUAAUUAUGUUC